UCAUAUGAAAUUACGAAUCCGUGAAAACGACUAAAAACGCUAUUCUGCUGGCAGACCAUUAGAUGGUGAUGAAACGUAAUGUAAUGCGCAUGUGAAUGACGCCGUCGUUUUCACGGAAGCGCGUUUUUGUUGUUUACAGGAGACCGUUUUCAAAAACUUGCGCUUCGAAACCCGUUUUCAAAAGUUUGCGUUUUCAGGCCACCAAAACGCCGUUGUCGUGUAAAUGAACGGGCAAACGUAUAAAAACGUCCUAGGUUGUCUAUGAAAGCCUGAAGUAGACGUUUUUUUUAUGUGAAGGACGUUUUUGCCGGGAAAAUUCAAAGGAUGUGACGGUUGUUAUGCGCGUUCCCGAGAGCCUCUCUUCUGUUCUAUGAUGACACAUGAAAUAAACGCUAAUACAGUGUUCAGGAUAAUGCCGAAAGAUCAAUUUUGUUCUGUAAAUGUCAAUGUGUCAUGCAAAGAAAAGGGAUUAAUUCAAACUAUAGUCUCAGCCAGAUCUAUAUAGUCUAUAGUCUCAAACGUGGUGUCAUUUGACCUCAUCUGCCGACAUGAUGAGCUGGUGCUAACACAUCCACCGCUAUGAUCAGAUGUUUGCUUGUUUUUUUUAACUGCUGUUUUCUCACCGUUGUCAUUUUUCUUUGUUUAUUUUGUUAUUGAGAGGAAAGUGCGCAUCGCAUAUUUACAUAUUCAUCUAAACGCUGCUGUCAUUGGGAUAUCACUGCAAAGGUAUUUCCAACUUAAUUUUACUUCUAGGUUAAGAACGAAAAACAACUUCGACGCGAGUAUAUCGGUGUCCUUGAAUCAUGUUCAGUGUCUUUUGUAGGCUACGUUGUGUGAGCACAAGCAAUAAGUUGCUGGCUGCAGUUCACUUAACGGCCUUAACUUAUCGCUACUAACAAGGGUUUCUGAAUUCUACAUAAUAGCCCCUUUAAGAUCUCAUAACGUGUUAUUUGAUUCUUUUGUGUGCGAUGACUCUAAUCCAGAAUGACUCCUCUGAACAUUUUAAAGCCUUCUCAGAGGUUUCCCUGUCCUUCCUGAAAAUCAAUCACUCUUAAAUGUCGUGUGAGCCAACGGGGGGAUUCCAAAUGUAAGGAAGCACUCAGUUCCCUGAUGUAAAAGCUGUUCCUCAAGCUUCCUGGGAAUUCUUGCUCCUCGAGAGAUUAGACAUCGGUGACAUAGUUGUGACAUUCCCAAAUAAAGGAUUUACUGUUUCACAGUUGUGAUGAGAUGUCUCAUAAGAACUUUAUUUUAUGUACAGUGGCCCCAAAAAGUAUUUAGACUCUUUAAGCUGUCUAAAUGUCAUUGAAUUCAGUACAAAAUAUCAAGUGGCAAAAUUAAGUCAUUCAUGUAGACAUGUACACUAGUAAAAGUUUGGGGUUGAUUUUGGAAAAGUUGUGGAAAGAUAAGACUCUUAUGCUCACCAAGGCUGCUUUAAUUUAAUUUAAAAAAGUACAGUAAAAACAGUAAUAUUGUGAAAUAUGAUUACAACUGUAAUUGAAAUGUUAUACCUGCAAAGCUGAAUUUUUAGCAGCCAUUACUCCAGUCCACUGUUGUGCUGCUUAAUAUUUUUGUGGAAACCAUAAUAUUUUUUACAGGAUUCUUUGAUGAAUAGAAAGUUCAGAAGAACAGCAUUUAUUUAAUAGCAUAUAUUACUGUCACUUUUGAUCAAUUUAAUAUGUCCUUGCUGAAUUAAAUUAUCAGUUUUUGGGGGGGAAAAAAAGUGUAAGUAUGUUUUAAAUGUUUAAAUACUUUUUGGGACCAUUGUAAACUAAUAUUUAAUAUGUUUUUGAAAAAAUAUUGAUCGUUUAAUGGGGGGGAGAUUUGAUGAUUUAAUCUGUUUUGCUAGAUUCAUUCCCCAUUUAGGAUUGAUUAUCUUGGUAAAACUUUCUAUUUGCAUUAUUUUGGAUAUAAAAUAAAACUUUGGAUUUAAAACUUCACUGUUUUGUUCAUUGCAUAUGGUCAGUAUUCACUUCUCUGGCUCCUCGUUCAACAAAUGUUAUUUGUCUGAGACUAGCGCAGUGGCAGCGACACGCUCAAAUGAGCACAGUCAGUGGAAAAAGACCCUGACAUCCUACCUCCAUUCAAGAAGAUCACUAUUUAAACCCCCGUUUUCUGUGCGUUUUGUAUUUUUGGGGGUGCGAGACCGGUGGGAACAUAUUUAUUCAUUUUAAGGGCAUGAUGUUACUUCUGAUGCUGAUGCUGUCCGUGGUUUUAUUGGCACGUAGUGACGAUGAUUUCUGUUAUGAUGAGGAGCACUGUGAUCCAUAUGCAUGGGGAGACAACUACCCCUCCUGUCACCCUCUUCUGGACCGCCAUCACUCUCCGAUCAACCUGGACCAUCAGCUGAUGAAGAACGAUUCUUUAGACUCUCUGAAUCUGGAGGGUUUUAAUUUGACCCAUAAAGGCCAAUGGUGGCUGACAAACCAGGGUCACUCUGUUGUGCUGGAGGUCGGUAACGGUAUGCAGGUGAGUGGCGGAGGGCUUCCUGGAACUUACCGCACAAUCCAGCUCCAUUUCCAUUGGGGAAGUGUCUCUUCAAAUGGAUCAGAACACACUCUGGACCACCUGAGGUUUCCUAUGGAGAUGCACAUAGUCAACAUCAAAUCCACACAUCCAAACUUGACCUCUGCACUUGAAGACCCAACUGGCAUUGCUGUGCUUGGAAUCUUUGUUGAUGUGACAUAUUUGCAUAAUGAAAACUUCCAGUCCAUCUCAAGUGCACUUCCUUCUGUUGCCUACAAAGGACAAACAAAAUCGAUAAGACCAUUUCCUUUGGUGAAUCUGUUGCCUCAGAACAACCUAACGCAGUAUUACCGUUAUCAUGGCAGUCUCACAACGCCGCCCUGUUCACAGGUGGUGUUGUGGACCGUGUAUGAAGUGCCUGUCUAUAUCUCAUGGACUCAGUUUGAGCAGUUUGUAAGUGGGAUAUAUUCCACGGAGGAAGAAGCUGAUAACCAUGUUCUCCUGCAUGACAACUACAGGCACAUCCACCCAACCUAUGGACGGUCCGUGUACGCUUCCAAAGAUGCCAAGCUGCUCACCAGUGGAGUUUCCUCUCUUGCCCUUUUCAAUCUUUUAAAUGUUCUAUUACUUUUAAUUUUUAAACAUUUAGCAUUUUGCAUAUAGCAGAACGGCAGCAUUAAAGUACUUGGACUAUUUAUGACACUUAAACUACUGUGGCAAAAGCAACUGGGAAAGCCAUUAUCCAGUCUAAAAGCCUGUUCACACCAAGAACGAUAACUAAAAAAGAAUGCGCGAUAACCACUCUGCAGUUUUUUUUUUGUUGUUGUUGGUUUUUUUUUGGUUGCCUGCUUUAAAUGCCCAAGCUCUUUAAAUUUUGAUGGAUUCUGUUUGACUGUCAAUCUUUUUAUCAUUCAUCAGCUGGAAAAAAAUCAUUCUGAAAGUGAUUGUAAUAAUAUUGUUUCUCUGUUGUCAUCGUUAUAGCCAGUGUUGGGGGUAACAAGUAACGCAUUACUUUUAAAUUUACAAAAAAAAAAAAAAGUAAUAAGUAAUGCAAGUUACUUCUUUUUCUCAUUUAUUGACUGACAGCUCUCCUGUCCUCAUGUUGAGAGAAAUCAUAAGUACAGAGGUGUUGUGUAUGCUGUGUGAACAUGAUGGUUAUUGUAGUUCUAGACUACAAUUGUUUCCCAACACUGAUUAUAGCUGUGGUGUGGAGUUCCCUAUUCUCUAUUGUCCUUGGUGUGAGCGGGCCUUAAAUGUACUUCUAUUCAUUGUAAUUCGUCAAGUACAAUUAUGUGAAUUAUUUCUGCAUAAAAUCAAAUUGUAGUUGUAAGUUUGAUGACACAUCUACAACAGCCCCAUUGAGUUUUCCAACCAAACUGCUAUACGAUAAGUGAUUAUCUUUGGUCUGUAUUUCCACGUACGUAUUUCCCCUCAUUCAUUCUUACUGAACUUGAUCACUCAAAGCCUUUUCCUUGGGAGAAUUUCCCCAGUCAUACACAAAGGGCACUUAGCGGGAUUUCAAAUGAUACCUUACAGUAGAAAGAUAGUUUCAGUAUUCAGUUCACUGCAUAGGCUUCACAGUCACUAGCUAUAAGUGGAGCUUGUGGACUCAUAAAAGUAUGUACACCUAUGUAGAACUUCAUAAACCAAUGAUGUAUCAUUCUGUGAAAAUACAAACUUACCUCAGGAGGCAAACUAUUUGAUGUAUACAGUAGAGCUAGCAAUAGUUUGACUCAAGUGCAGUGUUCUUUUACAAAUAAUAAAGUGUUGAAAUAAAAAAUGA